GUCGGCAACCUCCGACCCGGCGCGGGCAUAAUAAAAAGCACCCCCAGCUCACUCUCCUGGCAGCCAAGCGCACACAGGCACACUCUGCUCCAAGAAGCUACUAGCAACCAUAGCCAUGGAGAUGGUCCUGGACUGGCGCUCGCUGGGCUCCCUGCUAGCGACCGUCGUGGUGUUCCGCACGGCGCUGCGCGACUUCCUGCCGCCGGAGGCCGAGGCGCUGCUGCGUCGCUUCAUCGCGUGGGUCGCCGCCGCGUUCCGCCCGCCCCGCGACACCAUCCUCAUCGACGAGGCGGACGGGCCAACGGGGGGCGCCAACGACCUCUACGACUCGGCGCAGCUCUACCUGGGCGCGCGCUGCCUCGCCACCGCGCCGACGGUCCGCCUCCACAAGCCGCGCCAGUCGCCGCGCCCCGUCGCGUCGCUCCCGGACUCGCACACCACCCACGACACCUUCCGCGGGGUCCAAGUCAAGUGGACCUCCACCGCGCGCGCCGUCGACCGCGGCUCCGGCGGCGGAGGCGGGGGUGGGUACGGUAACCCGUACAACAUGUUCGGCCGCGGCGGCCAUGGCGGCGACCAGCGCGGCCUCGAGCUCCAGUUCCCGCGCCAGCACCGGGACCUCAUCCACCACCACUACAUCCCGCACCUCAUCGACGAGGCCACCCGGAUGCGGCUCAAGUCGCGGGAGCGACGGCUCUACACCAACCGCGCCACCGGGCCCGGCGACGACCACCACCGCCUCUGGACGUCGCACGCCUUCUCGCACCCGUCCACGUUCGACACGCUCGCGCUCGACCCGACGCUCCGCGAGGAGAUCCGCGCCGACCUGCUGCGCUUCGCCGCGCGACGGGACCACUACGCGCGCGUCGGCCGAGCAUGGAAGCGCGGGUACCUGCUCCACGGCCCGCCGGGCACGGGCAAGACCAGCCUCGUCGCCGCCAUCGCCAACCUGCUCGAGUUCGACGUCUAUGACCUGGAGCUCACCACGGUGCCCACCAACUCACACCUCCGCCGCCUGCUCGUCUCCACCACGCCCAAGUCCGUCGUCGUCGUCGAGGACAUCGACUGCUCCCUCGACCUCUCCGACCGCAACAAGAAGAAAAAGAAGGGCGGUCUUGGCGCCGGGGGCAACGGCGGUGCCGACAACGACGAAGACGCCGCGGCGCAGCUCGCCGUCAUGUCGAUGUCGCCGGCCGCCGCCGCGGCCAUGGCCGUAAUGGGGCGGGAAUCCAUAAGCCUCUCCGGGGUGCUCAACUUCGUGGACGGCCUCUGGUCGUCCUGCGUCGGCGAGCGCCUGAUGGUGUUCACGACCAACCACCCGGAGCGCCUGGACCGGGCGCUGCUCCGCCCGGGCCGCAUGGACAAAAAGAUUGAGCUCGGCUACUGCACGCCACCCGCGCUGCGCGUGCUCGCCAAGAACUACCUCGGCGUCGGCGACGAGGGCUGCGAGGACGCCGAUGAGGACCCCGACACCGUGAACACCCUCAUGGCCGAGGCCGAGGGCCUGCUCGCCCCCGACGAGGUACAAAUCACGCCCGCCGACAUCGCCGAGGUGUUCAUGGGCUGUGACGGCGCUGGUGCCGCCGCCGGGCUGAGGAAGCUUGUGGGCGAGCUGCACCGGAGGCGGGAUGCUGCCGCGGCCACGGCCGUAGUAGCACCGGGUGAGGAGACGCCGGAGUGAAAGCCAGCCAGGGAUCCUACGUGGCGCGCAACCAUGCAUGGCUGCCUAGUCAGCUUCCAUUACUUUGACGCCUUGACGGUGGUUUGUUUAUGAGUCGUGACGGUGCCCCUCUAUUGUAGUACGCAUGGAGUUUGCCUUUUUUUUUUUCGUUUCUGUAUUGUAACUUUGUAAGUACGUAUGGAGCCCGGAGUUAUUAUUAUUAGGAAAUAAUGGACGUUGAUUACCCAGGCACAAACAAUACAUUUUACAUGACAGAGCUCGCAUAAUGCAUGCACAUGAUGCACUGCACCGAUGGUUU